AUGGCCCAGAUCACCCAAGCACGCAAUGUGCUGCUCUUGUCACAACGGCGUGAAUUUGGAAAUUUCAUAAGGAGCGUCCUUUGUAUGGAUCCUCCGCCUUCUCCGGAUCAACCAACUCCCGAGAAUAGAUUCCAUCCUUGGGACCAGUCUCCUUCUCCCGACUUGAGAAUGCGGGCUGCCACCAUUAAGGCCAAGGCCAAAUGCCCAGUUACUCAUAAGGAUAUAAACUAUACAUGUCCUUUAUCUGGAAUACCUACGCAUCACUCUAAAGAGGCGUGGCAACUGGAUGAAGAGUAUCAUACAUCUAAGAGGUGGGAAAUCUUGAAGAAGGUUAACAUAUAUGAGCACGACCUUAGAUCUGGUAGACCUUUUCCAGAGUUCGACUUCCCCGGUGAGCAGCCGAAGGAUAUGCUUGUCAAUUUCCGUAACUGGGAUACAUAUCUCUAUACGCGGCAGUUCUAUUCGAUGGACACCGAAUUCCAGAUGGCUAUUGUCACCAAAAUGCUUACUUUUCCGGUGACAAUUGCAUCCGUCUUGCAUCAAUACUCCCCUUACUUUUUGCAACCCAAAGGUCCCAUCACUAUGGAAGGUCUAAAAUCGUUGGCCGCUCUUAGAUAUACGCUUUAUCCCGAGAUUAGAGCUUCAACUCUUAGAGAAAGGCCCGUUAGAAUCUUCUUACUCAAUGCUCGUUCUGAAUCACUUCUUCCUCCUCAUGUUUGGAAAGAAUUGGUCUAUUUAUUUCCUGGAGUUUCUUUCGAAUUGCACUUUGUCGGUCCUGAAUGUUACUUUGAUAGAGAGAAGAAACAGUACCUAGUUAAGGAUACUCCCAUAGUUCAGAGAGUCGAUGACACUAUGUGCUUCUAUUUCCACACUCAGGAUUUCAAUGUUCUUCAUGAGGCACAAGAUUUCUUCCCAUACGAUCCUUAUCUUGAUGUGUUCUUCUGCUUCCAUCCGAGAUUUGCAUCUGAAGAGCUAUCUGAAACAUGGAAGAAGGCUGUUCCAGGUCUACUAGAAUCUAAAUGCGCCAUUUUCUCUACAGCAUAUCACAAACAAAAUAUUGAUUCUGAUUACCACUGGUUGAUUGACAACUUUGGUAAGGAUCUCGACAUUCUUAUGGAGAAGACGAAAAACUCCUUUGGAUCUACUAAAUGGGAAUUGAACGACUUGAAUCCUCAAGAGGUGUUCCAGUUCAAUCAAAGAUUGUUUGGGUUUAGAGGUAAACGUUACCAUGCUAUUAAGAAUGGCCCUGUGUGA